CCCCGCGGAGCCGGGGGGAGGAGUACCUCUACGGAGUAAAUCCUCACCAGCGUGGCACUGUAUCUCAGAAGCAAAGUAGACGAAUGGGAUGUUUUUAGCGGAUAAGAGCGAAUUGAUACGGCGAUAACUCGUAUGCAAAGGGUUUGAGGAUUUAACCGAGUUAUUUCCGUCAAUAACUGCGGAUUUUUUCCUCAUUUCUCAGAGGGUGCGGAUACAGCUUAAUCUCGAUAGAGAGACUCAACCCCGGUCCUUUCGUCCUGACAUGGACACAGGAAUUGUACCAGAAAAGAAAAGGGUGAGCUCGGAGCGGAGAAAGGAGAAGUCGAGGGAUGCAGCGCGAUGCCGGCGUGGAAAGGAGUCGGAGGUGUUCUACGAGCUGGCACAGCAGCUGCCCCUGCCCCACAGCGUCAGCUCCAGCCUGGACAAGGCCUCGAUAAUGAGGCUCAUCAUCAGCUACCUGUGCAUGAGAAAACUGCUCAACACCGAUGAGCCGUUGACAGAGGAGGAAACAGAGCUGGAGUCACAGCUAAACAGCGCCUACCUAAAGGCCUUGGACGGCUUUCUUUUGGUCCUGUCGGAAGAUGGAGAUAUGAUCUAUCUCUCCGAGAAUGUUAACAAGUGCCUCGGGAUGGCACAGUUUGACCUGACUGGACACAGUGUGUUUGACUUCAUACAUCCGUGUGAUCAGGAAGAGCUGAGGGAGAUGCUGGUCCACAAAACCGGCUCCAAAAAGGCCAAGGAAGCAGACAUGAAGCGCAGCUUCUUCCUGCGAAUGAAAUGCACUCUCACCAACAGGGGCCGCACGGUCAACGUCAAAUCAGCUACAUGGAAGGUGCUCCACUGCUCAGGUCAUGUGCGUGUGUACGACAGCCCCACCGAGGAGACCCCCAACGGGCACAAGGAGCCCCCGGUCCCCUACCUGGUUCUGAUCUGUGAUCCCAUCCAACAUCCAUCCAACAUUGAGGUCCCUCUUGACACCAAGACUUUUCUCAGCCGCCAUACGAUGGACAUGAAGUUCACGUACUGCGAUGAAAGGAUCACUGAGCUCAUGGGAUAUGAUCCAGAGGACCUGUUGAAUCGCUCUGUGUACGAGUACUAUCAUGCUCUGGACUCAGACCAUCUUAACAAGACUCACCACAACCUGUUUGCAAAGGGCCAAGUCAGCACAGGCCAGUACCGGAUGUUGGCCAAGAGAGGAGGAUUUGUGUGGGUGGAAACUCAAGCCACUGUCAUCUACAACAACAAGAACUCCCAGCCACAGUGUGUUGUCUGUGUCAACUUUGUGCUCAGUGGCAUCCAGGAGGAGAAACUGAUAUUGUCCAUGGAUCAAAUCGAGGAUGUGAAGCCAGUGAAGGAGGAGCUGCAGCAGCAGGCAGAAAAGGAAGUUGUAGAGAGCAGCCAGCCCAACUUGCCUCAGUCCCCGCUAAAGGACGAGGAGAAGAGCCCGGAGCGGGAUGUGAUCCAACUGUUCACGCAGGCAGCAGAGGUCGAGACUCCGUCCAGCCUCUAUGACCAGCUUAAGGCGGAGCCGGAGGCCCUCACUCUGCUGGCCCCAGCUGCUGGAGACGCAGUCAUCUCCCUGGACUUCAGUUGCCCCGAGUCCGAGAUCCUGUUGGUGAAGGAGGUCCCUCUAUACAAUGAUGUAAUGCUUCCCUCCACCGGUGACCAGCUGACUCCUCCUCUCUCCCCUCUGCCGCUGAGCGAGACUCUCCGUGUCACCACCACCGUCUCUGAGGAUGCUAAAGCUAAGAGCUACUCUCCAGCCCGCUCCACCUCGUCGGCCAUCCACAGCACCUCAAAGGCCGACAGUCCACUGGACUUUUGUUACCCCAUGGACUCCGAGAUGAGCUCAGAUUUCAAACUAGACUUGGUGGAGAAGCUGUUUGCUAUUGAUACAGAGACCAAGACCCCCUUCACCACACAGGCAAUGGAAGACUUGGAUCUGGAGAUGUUAGCUCCCUACAUCCCCAUGGAUGAUGACUUUCAGCUGCGCAGUCUGACCCCAGAAGAGUCUUUGUCUUGUGGAUCAGUCAAAUCCCUGCAGGGUUCUCCAGUCCACGUGCCACAGGACAUCCACAGCUAUCCCAGCUCCCCAUUCAGUGCACCAGGUAGCCGCACAGCUUCCCCAGCACCACUUCUAGCCCCUCAUCCGGCCACCACCACUGCAAAGAGGAUCCCGCAGCCGGACAAAGACGUCUCGCUCAUGACCCUGGCAGCUGCAAAUUCCCAACGCAAAAGAAAGCUGGGUGAUGCAAUACAGACUAUUGGACAGAAGACGUUGCCUCCGCAACAGGUGGAGCAGGGCAAAAAGCUGAAGGCCUCAUUGUCAGAAACGACCAGGACCAUACUUCUGCUGCCGUCAGAUUUGGCGAGUCGUCUUCUGGGAAGCACAUCAGACGGCACCAGUUCCCCUUUCACCCUGCCACAGCUCACCAGCUACGACUGCGAGGUCAACGCCCCCCUGCAGGGUCGUCAGUCCCUGCUGCAGGGAGAGGAGCUGCUGUGCGCUCUGGACCUCGUCAACGCGAUAUAGCUGAAACGAAAGGAGUCUCUGUUCACUGCUGGACACUACAAUUUCUCCCUCUUAUUUUCACGGCCUUUCCAAGAACCCUAACCUGUACCUCGCCCCCUCCCGUCCCUUAUUUAUGUACCUUAUGAGUUUGAUUACAGUCUGGCCGCUGUUUGUGCACCUCGUGAUAUCUGCAGCAUUCCACCGUUGCAAACACCAUAGCAGUGUCUGGGUUUUGGUGCAAGGGAUUCGGCAUCAGAAGAUGUCCCAAUUAUCUAUUUUGUUGUUUUGGUUUUGUUUCCUCUCUAUUCCGGGGAAUCUCUCGGCACACGUCACCUCGACAGAUGGUCCCUUUUCCAGCAGGUCACCACAGACCCUGGCUCUACUGCCAGCAAUGUAUUGUAAGCUUCAGUCGCACAAUUUAUAUUUUCUUAAAAAGAAAAAUAUUACCAGCAAUAUAUAUUAAGCCUUUUUAAAGUCGUUUUAAUGGGAUUUGAUCAAGUACAUUUCCUCCCAUACUUGUAUGUUGUAGUACUCGUACCUACGAAGAUGUCACAAGUGCAGUAUGAACAUGUUUCGACCCUAGGUGGUUUGAAUGUUUUCUCCAUUUAGCUCUCAAGUCUUUGAUGUAAAUGCAUUUAUUUGUGUAGCAGUCCAGUACCUGUCACUUUAUUACUUUACUGUAAGUGUGUUACUGUUCAUUAACCAGCGAGAUUACGCGGUGUGGCUUCCCAGCUUUGACCCUUAUGAAAUCGGAGAGUAACUGCUUCACUUUUUGCUUCUCAUCAUGGAUGUUUUGCAUAUUUCUUUAACAUGAAGUGAAUUCAUGUUUUUCGUUUUUACUGUGAGUGACACACUCAAAAGAGUCUUUUAAAUUAGUGGAAUAUUAGGUGUGUGAUCAGUCACCAUGGUAGCACUUUUGACUUGACAGUUAAAUGGUAGUCAGUUAAAUACCAUUGAUCUAUGCCACGUUGUCAGUCUCUCAUGCUUCUUGUUGCCGUCCAACAAUAAAUGGCUUUAAUAAAGUA